ACAGCAGCCGAACAUUGGCAACCAUGAUCAAACAUGCUCGAACGCGCUGCCGAUGAAUAACCCGCGUCGCCCGCGUUUUCAGUUUGCUGCUGGUCUGCUGCUUCUCGCUGCUUCCAGUUUCAGCGUGGUUUCAGCCACUUCAACUGCUUCGACUACGUUGCCAAUCAGUAGACCAGCAAGGGAAGAACAUGCCAGCGGUCCGAACGGGCGAGAAGUAAUCGAUGAGAAGGCUGACAUUGUUGUUUCAAGCCGCAAAGACCAUGGCAACUGCAACCACACCUCGACACCGCGCGGUGGUUCUUGUCGACAUGGACUGCUUCUACGUGCAAGUGGAGCAGCGGCUGGCUCCCGAAUGGAACGGCAAGCCCUGUGCCGUGGCGCAGUACAACACUUUCCAAGGCGGAGGGCUGAUAGCGGUCAACUAUGAGGCCAGGGCAUGCGGGGUCAAGCGUGGCAUGAGGGGUGACCAGGCUGCCAAGUUGGCCAAGGAUCUGCACCUGUUUCGAGUGCCAGAGGUCAGGGGCAAGGCUGACCUCACCAGGUACCGGGAAGCAGGUGCAGAGGUCCUCUCCGUGCUGUGCCAGUUCAGCGAAGUGGUGGAACGAGCCAGCGUGGACGAAGCGUAUCUGGACCUCACGGAAGCGUGCAAGGCGGUGCCACUGCCUCGGAGCAUGGAUGCCAUGCCCAACACGUUCCUGGGCCAGACGCCCAAGACUGCCUCGCAGAGUGGGGUGGACGAUGCCAAAGCCGAGGUCGUGGCGUGGCUGUCCGAUAUUGAAGACCCCGACUGUCCGGAUGCCUUGCUGGCACGAGCGGCUGCGCUCACAGAGCAGAUACGGGCGGCUGUCUUCGCUCAGACUGGCUUCCGCUGCUCUGCUGGGAUUGCGCACAACAAGGUGCUGGCGAAAUUGGCUUGUGGUCUGCACAAGCCCAACAAGCAAACAGUCCUGACUGAGGCAGGGGUGCCAGUCCUGUUUGCCACGCUUCCUGUUCACAAGCUCACCAUUUUAGCUCACUUUGUGACGCGCAAGCUUGGCGGCAAGUUGGGCCAAGACAUUCAGAAGCUCCUCCAGGUGGAAGUGGUGGCCGACGUGUUACGGUUCUCCGAAGAUCAGCUCUCCUCCUCCUUUGGCCACAAGACUGGUACAUGGCUGUAUCAGCUUGUUCGUGGCAUUGACCUCGAGCCAGUGACCCCCCGAAAACUGGCCCUGUCCAUCGGUUGUGGCAAAAACUUCCGGGGCAAGCUCGCCCUUGACACAACAACCAAGGUGAAGCACUGGCUGGAGCAGCUGUCUGAAGAACUAGUCGGACGACUCCUGAGGGAUCGGGAACAGAACCAGCGGAUUGCCCAGUUGUUGGUGAUUAGUGUGCAGAAAGUGGGACAGGAAGGUCUCACUUCACGAUCCUGCCAGCUGAUUGCCUACGACGCCGCCAGGGUUACAAAGGAUGCAUUGGCCACUGUGAUGAAGCUGAACACGACUGCUGGGGCAUCCAGAGGCACCUGGACGCCACCGUUGACAAAUCUCUCAAUAGCAGCGACAAAGUUUCGGGACAGCUUGGAAGAUGGGUCUCAGGAAAUCUCGAAGUUUCUUGUGCGACACUCCAAUGAGGCUGACGAGUCGAAGAAGCCAACAUUAGCACCAGUGCCAUCUAUAAAGCCGCGGAAAGGCCAGAAAACUACUGAAAAAUUGGAGGACGAUGGCAAAGGGCCUGUGACUAAAGAGGGGCCAACACCGUCUCAUUCCUCGGUAACACCCAAGAAAGAGGAGGAGCUGAGUGACACCCUUCCGUUUUCAGAAAAGCUUGCAAUGAUCCUCCAAAGCCCCCGAGAUUCUAGGAAGCGGAGUGAUGGUUCGCCACCCCCAGUGGCAGAGCAACAUCGUGUGGAAGAGGUGAAACGCGUGCUGCCAAUAACGGAGUCAUCAGCCUCACCGAAAAAGGGUGUGAAGGUGACGGCAACCAAAGCUAAGAAAAAAACAUCUAAGAAGAGCGCCAAGAAGUCUACAUCGGAGGUUCCAAAACUGAGCUACUUUGAGAAGAUGUGGACGACCAAAAGUGAUGCGAAUGCAGAAGCAGCUUCCUGUGUGGACAGCUCGGAGCACACUGCUGGUGCAGAAAUAAGCGUUUCUGUCAGUAGCGUCGAUAAUGCUUCGAAUGACCAGAGCCGAAAUGUGUGUGAUGCUAAUGUGUUGCCUGGGCCUGCCUUCCUUAACGAGAACAGUGAUGACUCGACACGCAGUUCAGUCCUCUCGAAUGCAGACGGCCCGAAACCUUUGACCAUUGCUGAAAGCGGGGAUACUGCUGGCAAGAUUUCCCCACCUACCUCGUUCGACGAUGCUGUGUGCUUUAUUGAGGCGAAUGGUCAUGGGGAGAGUGGUGUAGGAGGAAGUGAGGGUCAUCUGUCGAUAGACCCGAGUUUGUUGCACAAGUGUGAACAGUGUGGAAAGACUGUCGUGGUCUGGAAGAAAGAGGAGCACGAUGACUAUCAUGUUGCGCUGAACCUCAGUCAGGCUGAGCGUGCCGCUAUGCCAUCACCCAAAGUGAUGGCCGCCGGUCGGAAACGAACCGCUUCAACGACGACAAAAAAGACGUCUCGAACGAAGAAAGCAUGCGCUGACAAAACAAGGACGUUAAAGGACUUUUUCUCGUGAUUGCGAUUAUGACUUUUGAAAAAAAAUGUAAUUUAAGAUAUGAAUGGUGGCCUUGUAUAGCUUUAUUCCUGUGGCGAUUUUCUGUGGCACUUUAGAGCGAUAUCUAGCAUAGAAGUGAAAUCUAAUGCAAGUUCAUAGAUCUUUUAGUACGCUGUAAUUUUUAUGCUUUUUUAUGAAGACCAGGUAUAUGUUAUACAGAUGCCGACUGGCUCACGGUGAUUUUAUUAUUUAGCUUGUAUGUAAACAUUUAGAUGGACUCUAUCCACAAUCGCAUAUAUUUAUUAGCAUGCAGUGACAUUGCAGUGACACAUGCAGUGAUUUGCAGUUGACAUUUAAAAUAGUUUGUUGGAUAUGUGCAAAGCUGUAUUGUUUCUUGUCAUUUUUUGUUUAUAGGGAUCCUUGGUGAAUGUCUGAUUUCACCAGUUGUUGAAUUUAGAAGUAAUUUACAAUUAUGUUUGGAUUCUAUUGACAAAAACAUUGUGAUCUUUGUACAGUCAUACCUUGUUCCAACGAAGUCGCGUCCGAUAUGAAAAUGCCUUUCCUAUAUUCGAUAUUCGUCAUGAACAUAUGUGUAUUUACUAGUGUAAUUCCCACACUCGCACAAUGCUCGCAACUCAAAACAUUGUCUAUCAAAACGUAAUAUUUUUUUUUUCUUUCCUCAAUUGAUUGCUGCACCCUUGAAAAUUGCUGCAGCGACAGUCAUCUCGUUGUUUCAACCGGUGAUAAUGAUAGUGCAUGGCAGCUGAGACAUGGUCGAUGUGUGCAAUCACAAUUUAAUCUAAUCCAAACUGCAAGUGGCAAGGUUUCCGCGCGCACGUGAAGUUGAGUAGCACAUGGACAGCAACUCCAGCAUUGUUUGUCUUUAGUGUCGCUUCGCCAUAGGGUGAUACGGAAGCUACAUGGCUGGUUUCAAACUGAAGGCAGAUGCAAGAUGGCGCUAUUUCUAAAUAAGUAAGUAAGUAAAUAAAUAAAUAAAUAAACAAACAAACAAACAAACAAAAAAAUAAAUGUCAGUGUCAACAGUGGUGACAUGGCUAGUGGUAAGAAAGUGAUAAGCGAUGCCAGUGCUGACGCGAACUUUGAAUAGUGUGGGAAAUGGUGGAAAUCUAUGGUCGCUCCCAUUGUGAGACAAGCCGAUAUAUGCUUGCCCAAUUCCCUCUCUCCCCUUAUUCUUGGGGAGAGGAGGUCCUGAAUGGGGUCGCCAGCACGCGAGGAAGGUAGCAGGAAGACGACUGCGACACAUCGACCGGAGUGGAAGCGUCUGGAAUCGACGUCUUCUGAGAACCAUGACCAAGAGCACCGAGUGACAAGUCUGCAGCAUUAAGCACAGAUGAAUAUCCCCACUUCUUGCUACCGGGCCUUCUGCUUGUUCAUCAAGUGUCCUGGCAGCCAGCACGUCUUCUCGGGAAGAUUGAAUAAACCGUUGGGUCUGUUUUGCUUUCA